AUGUCGGCUGCUGCGCCCACUCGCGAGCAGAUCAAAGCGCUGUACCGCGCGCACCUCGCGACAGCGCGCGCCUUUGUAUGUACCUCGAACUCACAUCAGAACUCGUACAAUUUCCGCCAGUACUUUGAGCGCCGCGCACGCGACUCGUUCCGCGCCUACCUGUACCCCGGCACGUCGGAGGUGUCGCAGAGUGUGAGCGCGAGUGUGGAAAAGCUGUCCAAGGUGCCUACGUCGACGUCAGCUGCUGUCCCCGCGCCCCCAACCCCGUCGCUCGCUGAAUUCUACGAGGACCAGCGUGCCGAGCUCAAGGUCCUUCAGCGUGCAGCGGUGGUCAACCAGAUGUACGCCGGCGACCGCCUCGUGGUGGAAGAUCCGUCUCUGCGCGACUGGAUUGUGCGCUCGUCUGACCAGAUCGGCACCGAGAAGGACUAG